AUGUAUUAGACCUGUUUAAUUUAAUAAGAAAUAAAACCAAUAUUGAGUUAGCAUAAAGAAUGGCUGUCAAAUUUUCAAAAGCAUGUCAAGGAGAAAAAAACUGCAUUGCAUUGUUCUUAAGUUCAAUCUCGGUUACAUCCUGAAAGGUAUAGAUCAAAUAGUGACAAAUAAAAUUAAUAGACUGAAUAAUAAACACAAUAAGCAUCUUAACUGCAAAACAAAUCUACUAAAGUCGAAGAAUUAUAAUAAGAAAAAUAAAAUUUAUAAGCAACCAACACUGAAUUGGAGGAUGAAAUAAUUGAUGACUAAGAAUUGAAUGAAUUACUAGACUUUACUAAAAACUUAGAUUUUGAGUCGUAUAUAAAUGAUUUAGAAGUCAAAACGGUUGUAGAAGCUUUAAAAAAGAGAAUAGAGGAAAUACGAAUAGAGAAUCCUUAACUAUCUUAGAAAGAAGCAGCAAAGAAAGCGUUAAAAUAAAAUAAUAAUGCUGCUCAAAAACCUAAUAAAAAGCAUGUUACUAUUUAAGAAGAAGAAUAACUUCAAAAAAAUACAGAAAAAAAGGAGGUAAAUUUAGAAAGUAUAGCUAAAAAGAUAGCAGAAGAAAUUCUUCAAAAAAAUAAAUACUUAAGAAAUAUUCAUUCAAAUAUUUCAAUGCAGAAAUUAGUCGAAACAGAAGCUCGUAGAUUUCUUUAAAAAGAAUGA